AUGGGGUCGAUCAAUGAGCCGUCGUCGGCAUCAGCAUCCGCAGCCAUAUCUGCGGCGCUCGAGGCCGCAACAGCAUCCUACAUCAAGUCCAACCCGGAGUCGUACCGGACGCAUCAAGCCGCCAGCGCGCACCUCCCCGGCGGAAACACUCGCACCGUCCUCUACACGGCACCGUUCCCACUCACCUUCGCCUCGGCCGCCGGCGCCACACUUACCACCGUCGAUGGCGCCGUCCUCACCGACUUCCUAUCCGAAUACACCGCGGCCAUCUACGGGCACUCGCACGCCGUGAUCCGCGCGGCCAUCACCUCGGCCCUCGACAAAGGAUGGAACUACGGCGGGCACUCGGGCAACGAAGGGCGCCUGGCGGAACUCAUCAGCCAGCGCUUCCCGGCCAUGCAGAUGCUGCGUUUCGUCAACUCCGGCACCGAAGCCAACAUGGUCGCCCUGGCCACCGCGUGCGCCUACACGGGCCGCAACAACAUCCUGCUCUUCAACAAAGGCUACCACGGCAGCACCAUUUCCGGGCGCUUGGACACGCGCCCCGCGGCCGGCAAGGUCAGCCUCAACCUCCCCCACGCCUUCCACGUCGCGACCUACAACGACGCCGAAUCCGCCCGCCAAACCGUCGGCGCCCUACCCCGAGACUCCCUGGCCGCCAUCCUCGUCGAACCCAUGCUCGGCUCCGGCGGCUGCUUCCGCGGCACGCCCGAAUUCCUGACCGCCCUCCGCCGCCUCGCCGACGACACCGGCGCGCUCCUCAUCUUCGACGAAGUCAUGACCUCCCGCCUUGGCCCGCACGGGCUGGGCGCCGCCGCCGGCCCCGCAGGCGUGACGCCCGACCUCAUGACCCUCGGCAAAUGGGUCGGCGGCGGCAUGAGCUUCGGCGCCUUCGGCGGGCGCCGGGACAUCAUGUCCUGGUUCGACCCUGCGGCGGGCAAACUCGAGCACCCGGGCACCUUCAACAACAACGUCUUCACCAUGGCGGCUGGCGUGGCGGGGCUGGGGGUCCUGACGCCAGAGGUCCUCGCGGACCUCAACGGCCGCGGCGACCGGCUGCGCCAGAGCAUCGACGCCGUGCUGCGGAGGCACGGUUUGGGGACCGGGUAUACUCCAAGCACCGCCACCACCACCACGGGUGGUGACGCCGUCUUGCCCUGGCACCCUCUCACGGACGCUGAGCAUGAGGAUCCAGCCGUGUACGAGCGGUACCCGCCCAUGUUCGUCACGGGCCACGGCAGCCUGCUGUGCGUGCAUUUUGUGGGGCUUGACAAGGGCAAGCUGCAGCAGCUGUUCUGGCUGUGGAUGCUGAGUCGCGGCAUCUGGCUGGCGUUCCGCGGGUUUGUGGCGCUGAACAUUGAGCUGCGUGACGAGGAUGUGGAGAGGUUUGUGGGGGCGGUAGAGGGGUUUGUUGAGAAGUAUGGGGGCGUUUUGGCGUGGUAG